AUGACUUUGCCCGCCAACGCUCAGUUCUAUUCAAACAUGCUUCGGCAAGUUUUCCUCGCAUUUCAUCUUCUCGCCUUCGGCGCUCUCAUCGUUAAGUGUCGAACCGAAUUGGUCAAUCGAAAACUUUCAAAGGAUGUGAAUUGUAAAACCGCGUCGAAAUUUAGCGAGUUUGAUGUUUCAAUUUGCAACGAUGGUUCACCCAAGGGUCAAGAGCCGAGAAAAGUGCAAAGUAUGAAUAAUGACACGAGAUAUCUUGAUGGGAAUGGAGUGGAAGAAGGACGGAGAAAGAAAAAAGAUUAUGGCAAGCUAUUCAUGUACUUGAUCGGAGCAGCCAAAGCGACCAUGCUUUAUAUCAUGAUCCAUGCUGUAGCAGCUUUAGCGGGAAAAGCUUUAAUAAUUGCAAAAUUUGCUUUAGCUAUUGCAACUGCAGCAAUUUUGAAUAAGGCUCUUGAGCAUAAUGGGAAAACGUCUUAUGAAAUAGUGAAACAUCCUCAUCAUAGCUACGUACAGACUCAUAGUUCAAGUAUUGAUUACGAUCAUCAUGGUGGUUAUGAAAGUGGAUACAGCUAUCGAAAACGACGACGAAUCGUAUAA